AUGAACGCUUUCGAUUAUAACUUAACUUGGCUGGAAUCUCAAACUUACUUAUCAUUUAGAUAUACUUUAGAAGAGGAACAAUUUUUAAAUAUUAAUUUGUUAGAGCUGUUGAAUAUUGAUAAAAAUAUUUUUUCAAAUUAUAAAUUCGUACCGUUGAAAACAUCAAAUUUGCUGAAAAUUCGAGUUAACGCAGUAAUUUAUUCCAACGAAAUAUUGGAUAGAGAAGAGUUGUGCAAUUCUUCAGUUAAUGUGUGUCACAUUGAAGUGGAGGUUGGACUUCAAAAAGACGUUUUGCUGAAAACUAUCAUUAAUUUAAAAAUUAUUCUUCAAGAUAUUAACGACAACAGUCCAAAGUUUGAAAAACACCGUAAAGUCAUAAGUUUAGCAGAAAAUUUGAAUUUGGGUCAUUUAAUUCAGCUUCCAACAGCAACUGAUCUGGAUAGUUUCCUCUACAACAUUGACAGAUACGAAAUUAAAGAAAAUACGGAUGAAAAAUACUUCGAACUUACUCACGAUGACGUGGAUUUGUUUGAUGAGGAUAUAUUUUCUUCCCCUCGACAAGCACCUUACCUCAAGCUAAUUAAAUCUCUCGACAGAGAGGGGAGGGAUUUACACAGAGUUCACUUCACCGCUUACGACAAAGGAAUACCUGCAAACUCUGCCCAAAUGAUUAUUGAGAUUCAAAUUGAAGAUGUCAACGACAAUAGGCCUCAAUUUUUAAGCCUGUAUUAUUCUAAGACACUCGUCGAAAACAACACAUCAGAGUCAAACAUCAUUCAGGUCCUUGCACACGAUUCUGACCUAGGUGAGAACGGAGAAGUGUGGUACGCUUUCGCGUCUAAUACAACAAAGUUUUAUGGAGAUUGGUUUAGCAUUGAUCCAAAAACUGGAGUUAUAUCAAAUAUUCAAAAUAUCGAUUAUGAAAUGUUUGGCCCUGAAAUUAAGUUAGAAGUGCUCGCAAGAGAUAAGUCGAAUAAUUUAACAUCGACGCCCGCACUAAUUGACAUUAGCAUAAAAGAUGUUAAUGACAAUGAGCCUUUGAUACAUAUUGAAAAUUUAAAAUUAUCAAUC